CGUGGUUGGGUCAGUGUUAGAUCCGAGAGGAUCUGAGCUCCGGUAGCAACUGCUGGUAAUUUAACAGCAGUGCAGCAAUGAGAGAGAGAGAAAGCUUGGACAGCUGAUCGCUGAGUAAAGAGGUUGAAGGAACAUGUGAGCGGUGAACAGAGCCCCUGAAGAGCUGCAGCGGUUGAAAUACACAGUGCAGGAGACCCGGGAGCAUGAGGAGGGGAAGCCACUGUAAAGUUUAAACAGGGGCCAGCAGGAAUUCCAGCAUCUAGCAAAUGUGUGCUUCGAAUAGCUUGAUCAUGUGGCGUUGCAGGAGCUGCUGAUUGUUGAGAGCGUGGAUUGGAAGCUCCCAGUACAUAGAGAGAUAAGAGAUUACCCCCCUCCCCCGUGCGUGUCUCUCUCUCACACACACACACACACACACAGGCUCUCUGACUGACCUCCAGUUUAUCCUGCGCUUGUGUCCCUUCAUCCUGUGCCGAGCACCGAGACAUGUUUGACACUGAAUGUGAGAUCUGGGAAGAGGGAGAAUAUGGAGAAAUCAAGUAGUGAGGAGUUUUCAAUCCACCGGAGCCCCUCUGUGGAGAGCAGAGACUCGGAGGUUGGAAAAGCCUCCACGUCUGGACAGCAGUUUGGUCGUGGAUUUACGGCUGGGGCUUUCUAUGGCAACUCCGGCAGCCGCAGCAAGGAGCCAGCGGGACCCGGUGUCAACAGGGACAGAUACACCGCCCCUAAAGGCAGCAAGUAUGUGGUGUUUUACCUCGACCUGUCCUUUGUUUUUCUCCUAGAAUUCCAAAAGUGCAACAUGGCAAGAGGCUGUUUGUGUUGUCUGAAGUACUUGAUGUUUCUUUUCAACCUGAUCUUUUGGCUCUGUGGCUGUGGACUCCUGGGAGUGGGAAUAUGGCUGUCAGCUACACAAGGCAGCUUCGCCACCUUAGCACCGAGUCUGCCUUCGCUCUCAGCUGCCAACCUGCUCAUUGCCAUUGGGACCAUUGUGAUGGUGGUCGGAUUUCUGGGGUGUCUCGGUGCCAUCAAGGAAAGCAAGUGCCUCCUUUUAAGUUUUUUCAUUGUCCUGCUGAUCAUUUUCUUUAUGGAGCUGAUCCUCGUCAUUCUGUUCUUCGUGUACAGGACAGAGGUAGCAGAGUAUGCACGUGGGGAUCUGAAGUUGGGCCUGAGACUAUACGAAUCAGAGGGAAAUAUUGGACUGACUAACGCAUGGAACAUCAUUCAGACAGAGUAUGAGUGCUGCGGUGUUGACAAUGCAACAGAUUGGCAUAACAUACUGGGUGGUAACAAAGUCCCUGAUUCCUGCUGUCAGGAAUACAGCAGAGGGUGUGGAGAGGUCAAUCCCAGCAAGUGGUUUGUGCAGGGUUGCUAUGACACGAUUGAGACGUUGCUUGAGAAGCAAACAGCUGUGAUUGGCUCGAUAGUGAUGUCCAUUGUGGUGAUUCAGAUCCUUGGAAUGGCUUUCUCAAUGACGUUGUUCCAUCAGAUCUCCAGAACUGGUAAAAAGUACAAAGCCUAAUCUUGGUUGGAUGAUGAUUCGAUGCCCUCACAAUAUCACGAAGCAUUCUUCUGAAGCUCGGAGCUUUGUCUGCCAGGCACAGUUCUAGUCAUCCUCUGAACUGGGAAACCUGCUCCGAUGGCUCCUUAAUCUUUUGCCAAAGAAUUAUAAAGCGCUAAACACCGUCAGUUUCUCUCUGGCAACUCUGCUCACCCAUCUCUCCACUUUGUCCCCUACUCUCCUACUCCGAAAGAUGUAGUGCUGAUUCAGAACCUCCGUUCUUCAUCACAAAAGAGCAGACAAGUACAAAACUCCAUGUUCAACAGGCCACAGCUCUGUUGGUACAGGAAUGUCACUUUGAAAAGGAUUCCAAAGUUAUUCCCACGUGUCGGAGCACAGACACAGUUUUGUUGCCCCGAUCUCUGGCUUGACACCUGGAAAGUUGAUUUUUAACCAUUUCAUUCUUUGUAUGGGAAAGUUUUACUGACGUCUGUCUUGAGUUGCGUUAGGAGAUCACUUGUCUAUAUCAGGUCUGCAAGGGAAGGGGGAGUUUCUCAGGACUUUGCUCAUCUGUCUGAACUGUUCUCUCGGCAAACAGUGCUCCCCAGUGACAGUAACAGUCUACAAGAUAGCAGUCAGAAGAAUUUAUAUCCUUCAUGCAGGUACCUUUUUUUAUAAAACAGGAAUUCUGUAAGUCAGGGUUGACUGUCAGUACUUGCCUGGUGCAGCUCACUACUAACCAACAGAUGCCAUCUGAGGGGCUAAUAUUUCUCAACAACCUCUCUGAGGUGUAACAGAAAACAAUGACCUAGUCCCUGUGUUGCUGCAACUCACCCUGAACUGCUCAACACAAGCUAUAGUGAGGAAGCUGCUGCGAGGGUAUUGCUGCUUUAUUUCAUGAGCCAGAGUUGAGGUCUGACCAUCAGCAUGUAUUCACUUACUCUUUGCAAAUACAAAUGGAACUUUUUUUUAAUGUAGUUUAGGAAUUGUAUCUUUAAAGUAAAUAAUGGAGCAUUUUUUGUACUGUUUGUACUGUUUUAUAUGGGCUCUUUCUGCUUUAAUGUCACUGCACAAACCACUGUGUGAUCUUUAAAAGCCAAAAAUGCUCAGUGAUGAUAUCUCGUUUGUUGUGAGGACAUUUGCACAGACUAAAGGAUCGAGAUCUGUGUCGAAGGAAGAGCAGAAAUUCAGCAGAUGUUGGGGAUAGCCAAGACUGCCCAGCAAUAGGAAACAGAGUUAAUGUUUUCAGUCAAUGACCUUUCAUCUGAACUGGGAAGAGUUUACAAAGGAACAGGUUUGAACUGGGUGAAAAAAUAGGAAAAAUUUGGGAUGGACUGGAAGACAGCAGCGGUUAAAGCAACAAGAGGUUUCAAAGCCAGAAGGAAUGGUGAUGUGGAAAAUAAUGGGAAAGUUCUGUUUCUCUCCUUGUCACAUUGCAAUUCCCUUUGGAAUCCCACCCCCUUAUCAUUCAGGCUUGUUGGUUUUGUACCCCAUCCCAAACCUUCCCUUCUGUUCAUGUUCCACUCCCAUUCCCCCAAAUUCACCCCAACGUUUUCACCUUCAAUCAUUUAUAACUUUCCCCGUUCUGAUGAAAGGCCAGCUUGUUUAUCGGUUUUGUUCAGAAAGUUGGUGAAGAUUGAGAGUGAAGAGAAUGGCUGGAUUUGAGUGGAGCGGCCAUAUUGCAAGCAAUCUGUCAGUGGUUUAGCACACACAUGUCUAACUGGCUAGUGAAUAUAGAAGAACAGUACAUACUCAAUUCAACAGCUGGUCUCUUGGUGGGGUGGCACGGUGGCUCAGUGGUUAGCACUGCUGCCUUACAGCACUCAAGUCCCAGGUUCGAUUCCAGCCUGGGAUGACUGUCUGUGUGGAGUUUU